AUGCUGAUGCUGACUGACAAUCCACAAGUCCAAUCUCCUUUCCGAACGUACUCAUGUAUCCUGCUAAAGUGCCCCUCCAUCUCGGCUCCACUGAUCAUGGUAUUGAACCGCGAGGACAGUGAAAGCAUGGCUCAAUCCAAGUUCUCCGACGCCUUCACGUUCCUGCCUCAGGGCGGCAUCAUCCAAGAAUUCCGCGUGGGCGGCCACAACAUCGUACUGGGCUUCCCAUCAGCAGCUUCGUACAAGUCCGAGCACAGUCCAUUCUUCGGCGAGAAUAUCGGCAGAGUCUGCAAUCGUAUCUCGAACGCGAAGAUCGACCGACUGAACGGAAAGAGCUAUGACUUGACCGCGAACAAUGGUCCCAACACCCUGCACGGAGGACCUUCAGGCUGGGGUAAGAAGGACUUCGAGGGACCUACACCUGUCACACGGAAUGGAAAAGAUGCAGUGCUAUUCAAAUACCUCAGCAAAGACGGAGAUGAGGGCUUUCCGGGUACGGUGGAGGUGAAGAUCUGGUAUACACCUUCGUUGGAGCAAGACCAUGGCAUUGAGAAGACAAGUCUCGAGAUCGAAUAUGAAGCCGAGCUCGUGGGCGAUGAAGUCGAAGAGACGGCCGUCAGCUUGACGAAUCACAGCUACUUCAACAUCUCAGGAGGCCCAACCAUCGAAGGGACAAGAGCGAAAGUCCAGACCAACAUGCAUAUGGUGACCGAUAGCGACGAUAUCCCCACAGGUGCCAUUGAGCCAUACCCAGGCAUUCCACAAGACGAGCAGUUCGUCUUUGGGCCCGAGGAGCCGAAUCCAGAUCACUGCUUCGUGAUGAACACAGAUCCAUCAACCAUCAAGCUGGAUACUCGAAAGGAACAGAUGUACAAGCUGCUCGAGCUAUCGCAUCCCAACACCAAUAUUCACUUUGAGGCCUUGAGCACAGAACCUGCCUUCCAAUUCUAUGCUGGCCGUUUCAUCGAUGUGCCAGCCAUGGACGGACAGCCCGCGCGAGGACCUCGAAGCGGAAUGUGUAUCGAGGCUUCGCGCUACGUGAACGCCAUCAACAACGACAAGUGGAGAGAUAUGGUAAUCCUCAAGAAAGGUCAAGUUUGGGGCAGCCGCACGAUCUAUCGCGCUUGGGUGGUAUAA